CAUACCCAACUAGUUAGCUCGCACUUUCUCUCUCAUCAUACUCUUUCGGAGGAAGCUCACCCAACCCUGUAAUUAUCUCUCUCCUUCGCCCCUGCCGCGCCCCCACACCUCCCUUCUCUCUGUCUUGGUCCCUCUGUUUCAAUCCUGGCAGAACCAUCAAGAAUAAAGCCGUCCAGGUGUAGAAUUGAGUGUGCAGAUCUUGAUCUGUGAAGACAGAGAAGAUGAAUAGAUGCGGAUCUCGGCAGAAGGUUUUGGGAGUCUGUAGAGAGAUGAGGGGACAAACGAUCUGUGCCUCCGAUGGCGUCAUUUGCCCUAAGCCUCGUCGACUUGGAGCCUUGAAUCCCUCCAUUAACGACCAGAUCAGACAAUCUAGGUGGCACAUCAAUUAUCUCUCUGAGGCUUACGACUCAAAAGCAGGGCCGGAAGUUCUCGACAUCAUUCUCCCUAAGGGAAGUUAUGGUGCUGAGAAGUCCAAUACUCAGGUGGCUUCAUCGCCACCAUUCUUUUGUGGGUCUCCACCAAGUAGGGCUUCAAACCCUGUGGUCCAAGAUGCAGAGUUUGGCAAUGACACAUUCAAUCUGUUACCAUUGGCUCUCGAAGCAUCGCCAACAUCCUCAACAUGUAAAAACGGAGGAUGUGUUCGUGCAAUAUUAGGGCACAAGCCAGCCACAGUGAGAAUUGAAGGGUUCAACUGCAGGGGCAUCUCUGCUGUAGCUUAGAGUCUUGGACAAACUCCAUUGUGCGACCCUCAAAAGCAGAUGGAGAAACAAAGAGUUGGGGUGAGUUUUUAGGGGAGAGGAACUAUUUAGUUUUGUAUAUAGAUGUUGAAAAUGGGUCAUCAUUUGCUAAGUUUUGUGUCAAUUGACAAAUAUGUGUAUGUAAAUGUAAACGAGUUGAUGAGAGAAGUUGAUGCUAAUGAAGCUGAAGAGAAGAGAAAAUCCUCCUUUUUUUGUAGUAGUUUUUGGUGAGGCCGUGGGUAGCGUACCUGGUCUGGUGGUAGUAUUGAUUUUAGAGCAGAAUUUUUGGUGACCGAGUUUCCCCCUUGUCCUUCAUUGUAAUUCUUGCCCGACGGCAAGGAGGAAAUGGUGUUUCGAAGAUUAUUUUUUGUGUUUUUACGCGUGCUUCUAUUCGUAAUAACCCCGUAUAGAUUUUAGAAGCACGUGGUAUUGAGUUUGUCAACUUUUGAUACAAGUCAUGUAACUCUCUGUUCAAAUUCACUGAAUGAUGUUAUAGCCACAAUAAUGUAA